CGGAGGAGAUGCACGUCAAGGCCAUCCAGAUCAAGGAGCAGCUGCUGGGCGAUGAGGACUACGAGGUCGCUCUGUCCGUGGGUCACCUGGCCUCGCUCUACAACUACGACAUGCACCUCUACGACGACGCAGAGCGCCUCUACCUGAGGUCCAUCGCUAUCGGCAAGAAGCUCUUUGGCGAAGGCUACAGCGGCCUGGAGUACGACUACCGCGGCCUCAUCAAGCUCUACAACUCGGUGGGCGACGUCGCCAAAGUGUUCCACUUCCACGAGGUGCUGGCCAACUGGAACCAGCUCAGGGACCGGCAGUUCGAGGUGAACGACGCGCUGGAUGAAGUCUCGCGCGCCGCUCGCUCCACCGAGGAGGUCGUGGGAGCUUUCCUCGCCGGCGGUGGCGGUGGCGGUGGCGGUGGUGCCGGUGGUGGCGGUGGUGCCGGUGGUGCCGGUGGUGGUGGUGGGAUAGCGGCGGUUUUGCCGCCGUUACCGUUACCGCAGCAGCAGCAGCAGGAGGAUGACCAUCAGGAGGAGCCGUUCUGAACCGGAUCAGACCGGACCACACAGCCGGAACGGACUGGAUCAGACCGGACCGCAGAACCGGAACGGACUGGAUCAGACCGGACCGCAGAACCGGAACGGACUGGAUCAGACCGGACCGCAGAACCGGAUCGGACUGGAUCAGACCGGGCCGCAGAACCGGAACGGACUGGAUCAGACCGGACCGCACAACCGGAUCGGACUGGAUUGGAUGGACCGCCCCUCUCUGGCUGAAUGCCAGUCGCUCCGUUAGUUCACCCACUCACUCAGCCAGCCAGAUAGUCACUCAGCCAGCCAUAUCACAUGCCAGCCAGAUAGUCACUCAGCCAGUCACUCAGCCAGCCAUAUCACAUGCCAGCCAGAUAGUCACUCAGCCAGUCACUCAGUCAGCCAUAUCACAUGCCAGCCAGAUAGUCACUCAGCCAGCCAGAUAGUCACUCAGCCAGCCAGAUAGUCACUCAGCCAGCCAUAUCACAUGCCAGCCAGAUAGUCACUCAGCCAGUCACUCAGCCAGCCAUAUCACAUGCCAGCCAGAUAGUCACUCAGCCAGUCACUCAGCCAGCCAUAUCACAUGCCAGCCAGAUAGUCACUCAGCCAGUCACUCAGUCAGCCAUAUCACAUGCCAGCCAGAUAGUCACUCAGCCAGUCACUCAGCCAGCCAUAUCACAUGCCAGCCAGAUAGUCACUCAGUCAGUCACUCAGCCAGCCAUAUCACAUGCCAGCCAUAUAGUCACUCAGCCAGUCACUCAGUCAGCCAUAUCACAUGCCAGCCAGAUAGUCACUCAGCCAGCCAGAUAGUCACUCAGCCAGCCAUAUCACAUGCCAGCCAGAUAGUCACUCAGCCAGCCAGAUAGUCACUCAGCCAGCCAGAUAGUCACUCAGCCAGUCACUCAGCCAGCCAUAUCACAUGCCAGCCAGAUAGUCACUCAGCCAGUCACUCAGCCAGCCAUAUCACAUGCCAGCCAGAUAGUCACUCAGCCAGCCAGAUAGUCACUCAGCCAGCCAGAUAGUCACUCAGCCAGCCAUAUCACAUGCCAGCCAGAUAGUCACUCAGCCAGUCACUCAGCCAGCCAUAUCACAUGCCAGCCAGAUAGUCACUCAGCCAGCCAGAUAGUCACUCAGCCAGCCAGAUAGUCACUCAGCCAGUCACUCAGCCAGCCAUAUCACAUGCCAGCCAGAUAGUCACUCAGCCAGCCAGAUAGUCACUCAGCCAGCCAGAUAGUCACUCAGCCAGCCAUAUCACAUGCCAGCCAGAUAGUCACUCAGCCAGUCACUCAGCCAGCCAUAUCACAUGCCAGCCAGAUAGUCACUCACUCAGUCACUUAGCCAUAUCACAUGCCAGCCAGAUAGUCACUCAGUCAGUCACUCAGCCAGCCAUAUCACAUGCCAGCCAGAUAGUCACUCAGCCAGUCACUCAGUCAGCCAUAUCACAUGCCAGCCAGAUAGUCACUCAGUCAGUCACUCAGCCAGCCAUAUCACAUGCCAGCCAGAUAGUCACUCAGCCAGUCACUCAGUCAGCCAUAUCACAUGCCAGUCAGAUAGUCACUCAGUCAGUCACUCAGCCAGCCAUAUCACAUGCCAGCCAGAUAGUCACUCAGUCAGUCACUCAGCCAGCCAUAUCACAUGCCAGCCAUAUAGUCACUCAGCCAGUCACUCAGUCAGCCAUAUCACAUGCCAGCCAGAUAGUCACUCAGCCAGUCACUCAGUCAGCCAUAUCACAUGCCAGCCAUAUAGUCACUCAGCCAGUCACUCAGUCAGCCAUAUCACAUGCCAGCCAGAUAGUCACUCAGCCAGUCACUCAGUCAGCCAUAUCACAUGCCAGCCAGAUAGUCACUCAGUCAGUCACUUAGUCAGCCAGCCAUAUCACAUGCCAGCCAGAUAGUCACUCAGCCAGCCAUAUCACAUGCCAGCCAGAUAGUCACUCAGCCAGUCACUCAGCCAGCCAGAUAGACACUCAGCCAGCCAUAUCACAUGCCAGCCAGAUAGUCACUCAGAUAGUCACUCAGCCAGCCAGAUAGACACUCAGCCAGCCAUAUCACAUGCCAGCCAGAUAGUCACUCAGAUAGUCACUCAGCCAGCCAUAUCACAUGCCAGCCAGAUAGUCACUCAGCCAGUCACUUAGCCAUAUCACAUGCCAGCCAGAUAGUCACUCAGUCAGUCACUCAGCCAGCCAUAUCACAUGCCAGCCAGAUAGUCACUCAGACACUCAGCCAGCCAUAUCACAUGCCAGCCAGAUAGUCACUCAGAUAGUCACUCAGCCAGCCAUAUCACAUGCCAGCCAGAUAGUCACUCAGCCAGUCACUCAGUCAGCCAUAUCACAUGCCAGUCAGAUAGUCACUCAGUCAGUCACUCAGCCAGCCAUAUCACAUGCCAGCCAGAUAGUCACUCAGUCAGUCACUCAGCCAGCCAUAUCACAUGCCAGCCAGAUAGUCACUCAGCCAGUCACUCAGUCAGCCAUAUCACAUGCCAGCCAGAUAGUCACUCAGCCAGUCACUCAGUCAGCCAUAUCACAUGCCAGCCAGAUAGUCACUCAGUCAGUCACUCAGUCAGCCAUAUCACAUGCCAGCCAGAUAGUCACUCAGCCAGCCAGAUAGUCACUCAGCCAGCCAGAUAGUCACUCAGCCAGCCAUAUCACAUGCCAGCCAGAUAGUCACUCAGCCAGUCACUCAGCCAGCCAUAUCACAUGUCAGCCAGAUAGUCACUCAGCCAGUCACUUAGUCAGCCAUAUCACAUGCCAGCCAGAUAGUCACUCAGUCAGUCACUCAGCCAGCCAUAUCACAUGUCAGCCAGAUAGUCACUCAGCCAGUCACUCAGUCAGCCAUAUCACAUGCCAGCCAGAUAGUCACUCAGCCAGUCACUUAGUCAGCCAUAUCACAUGCCAGCCAGAUAGUCACUCAGCCAGUCACUCAGCCAUAUCACAUGCCAGCCAGAUAGUCACUCAGCCAGUCACUCAGCCAGCCAUAUCACAUGCCAGCCAGAUAGUCACUCACUCAGUCACUUAGCCAUAUCACAUGCCAGCCAGAUAGUCACUCAGUCAGUCACUCAGCCAGCCAUAUCACAUGCCAGCCAGAUAGUCACUCAGCCAGUCACUCAGUCAGCCAUAUCACAUGCCAGCCAGAUAGUCACUCAGUCAGUCACUCAGCCAGCCAUAUCACAUGCCAGCCAGAUAGUCACUCAGCCAGUCACUCAGUCAGCCAUAUCACAUGCCAGUCAGAUAGUCACUCAGUCAGUCACUCAGCCAGCCAUAUCACAUGCCAGCCAGAUAGUCACUCAGUCAGUCACUCAGCCAGCCAUAUCACAUGCCAGCCAUAUAGUCACUCAGCCAGUCACUCAGUCAGCCAUAUCACAUGCCAGCCAGAUAGUCACUCAGCCAGUCACUCAGUCAGCCAUAUCACAUGCCAGCCAUAUAGUCACUCAGCCAGUCACUCAGUCAGCCAUAUCACAUGCCAGCCAGAUAGUCACUCAGCCAGUCACUCAGUCAGCCAUAUCACAUGCCAGCCAGAUAGUCACUCAGUCAGUCACUUAGUCAGCCAGCCAUAUCACAUGCCAGCCAGAUAGUCACUCAGCCAGCCAUAUCACAUGCCAGCCAGAUAGUCACUCAGCCAGUCACUCAGCCAGCCAGAUAGACACUCAGCCAGCCAUAUCACAUGCCAGCCAGAUAGUCACUCAGAUAGUCACUCAGCCAGCCAGAUAGACACUCAGCCAGCCAUAUCACAUGCCAGCCAGAUAGUCACUCAGAUAGUCACUCAGCCAGCCAUAUCACAUGCCAGCCAGAUAGUCACUCAGCCAGUCACUUAGCCAUAUCACAUGCCAGCCAGAUAGUCACUCAGUCAGUCACUCAGCCAGCCAUAUCACAUGCCAGCCAGAUAGUCACUCAGACACUCAGCCAGCCAUAUCACAUGCCAGCCAGAUAGUCACUCAGAUAGUCACUCAGCCAGCCAUAUCACAUGCCAGCCAGAUAGUCACUCAGCCAGUCACUCAGUCAGCCAUAUCACAUGCCAGUCAGAUAGUCACUCAGUCAGUCACUCAGCCAGCCAUAUCACAUGCCAGCCAGAUAGUCACUCAGUCAGUCACUCAGCCAGCCAUAUCACAUGCCAGCCAUAUAGUCACUCAGCCAGUCACUCAGUCAGCCAUAUCACAUGCCAGCCAUAUAGUCACUCAGCCAGUCACUCAGUCAGCCAUAUCACAUGCCAGCCAGAUAGUCACUCAGCCAGUCACUCAGUCAGCCAUAUCACAUGCCAGCCAUAUAGUCACUCAGCCAGAUAGUCACUCAGCCAUAUCACAUGCCAGCCAGAUAGUCACUCAGCCACUCACUCAGUCAGUGAGAUAGCUCCCCAGCCAGAUAGCCAUCUAGCCAGCCCAGCCCAGCCCAGGCAGCCAGCCCAGCCCAGCCAGCCCAGCCCAGGCAACCCAGCCCAGCCCAGCCAGCCCAGCCCAGCCCAACAGCUACUUACCCCCCACACCCGCGCUGUGGGGGGUGUGACGCUGUGGUGUGACACUGGGUGUGUGACGCUGUGGGUGGGAUGCUGUGGGUGUGACACUGGGUGUGUGACGCUGUGGGUGGGAUGCUGUGGGUGUGACACUGGGUGUGUGACGCUGUGAGUGGGACACUGGGGUGUGUGACGCUGUGGGUGGGAUGCUGUGGGUGUGACACUGGGUGUGUGACGCUGUGGGUGGGAUGCUGUGAGUGGGACACUGGGUGUGUGACGCUGUGGGUGUGACGCUGUGGGUGUGUGACGCUGUGGGUGUGACGCUGUGGGUGUGACACUGGUGUGACACUGGGGUGUGACGCUGUGGUGUGACACUGGGUGUGUGACGCUCUGGGUGGGACGCUGUGGGUGUGUGACGCUGUGGGUGGGAUGGAGGAGGUGGUGGAGGUGGUGGAGGUGGUGGAGGUGGUGGAGGUGGUGGAGGUGGUGGAGGAGGUGGAGGUGGUGGAGGAGGUGCAGGAGGUUGGGGGUUGAUUAAAGGCGACCGUUUAUUGGUUUUUGGCUUUUUGGGAAGUGAGCAAAGUGGAGACGUUUAGCCCCAACAACCGGCACCACCACCACCACCGCCACCACCAACACUGCCACCACCACCACCGCCACCACCGCCACCACCGCCAACAACCACCGCCACCACCAACACUGCCACCACCACCACCGCCAACAACAACCACCACCACCAACACCACCGCGACGUGUUCUCUGGGCGGCACGGGGCUCAGUCCACUCGG